AAUCUGUAUACGAGCAAAUUCCAAAUUCCAAAUUCCAAAUUACUUUACACUAUCGCGCACUUAUACAAAUGCAAUCAAUUCUUUCUUUUCGUGUCUCGUAUCUCUUCCUUCUUUCCUCUCGCUUCUUCUCUUUUCUCUUUCCUUUCUCAAGCCUAUUUCACAACUCAACCUCACUUCCCUUCACUUCGAACCCAACUGGACAUUGUUUUCCAUGCGCGUAACUAUGGGCACUGAAAAGAGCCUCGGCCCUCUGGGUCAGAUAACCCCGACAUAUACACUGGUGACCCUGGGCUUUUCCAUCGAGAAAAAAUCGCAGGAAGCGGCUGCAAUUUCCACCCUUGAGAAGGCAGCGGGAGAAAUAAUUCAAGCAUAUCCAUGGCUUGCUGGUCAAGUUGUCAUUGAAGGCUUUGGAGAUGGCAGUUCAGGCACCUACAAGGUUGUCGGGUACGAACUGCAUGAAACAAAAUCCAGGUUCGUGCAUGUCAAAGACUGUACCGACAAUUGCCCGGCCUACGCAGAUCUGGUUGAAGCUCGGGCUCCUUCAUCAAUGCUAGAUGGAAGUAUCCUCUCUCCGGCAUAUGGAUUUGUCAACAGCUAUCCCCGCCAUGUGGUCAAGCCCGUUUGCAUUAUGCAGGCAAACCUCGUUAAAGGCGGCCUACUUCUGACGAUCUGUACCUUCCACGGUGUGAUGGAUGCAAAUGGCAAUGAUCAAUUCAUUAGCCAGUUCGGCAGCCUUUGUCGCGGAGAGAAGCUUGCAGAGGAGUACGUCCGUUGGGGAAAUAUCGAUGCAGAUACUAUUAUCCCUCCACUCAAACCUGGAGAGGAACCUCUCCCUAUGGAGUGGAUCAGAUAUCCCUCUCAAUUAGGCGCAGAAGAACCAUCAUGGCCCCCUCCGCCAUCAACGGGAACCUGGAGGACCUUUCGCUUCCCUCGUGCUAGCAUCUCUGCAUUGAAAACCGAGGCAAUGAAGCUGUGCUCUCCGGACUCCGACGUCAAGUACGUAUCAAGCAAUGAUGCUAUUUCGACAUUCAUCUGGCUUCGAACUGCGGCUGCUCGCUCAACACAUCUCCCAAAAGACAGCAAAACAAUGGUGCUGCGUGCUGUGAACGGACGCCAGAAGCUCGAUACUCCCAUUCAUGAAGGGUAUAUGGGCCACGCCGUUAUGUGCAGUCUCGUCCAGGUGACCCUUGACGAGGCCCUGAACGAGAGUCUCUCCGCGAUGGCAAUCAAGCUCCGCCAGGGCUUGAGUCAAAUCGACGACCAUGCUAUGCGAUCAUUCUUUCAUAUUCUACGGACCGAGAAGGACAAAACCACGAUCAACUACGGCGCGAGCAUGAAAGCGGAGACGGACAUCAUUCUUACGAGCUGGGUAUCCCAGAAACUCUACGACACCAACUUUGGGGACGUUCUGGGGAAGCCCGAUUUCGUAAGGAGGCCGAAGUUGCCAGAUGCGCUAUCGCUGGCCUAUAUGAUGCCACUGACGAGAGAAGGCGACGUUGAUUUGAUCAUUUCGCUAUCAGAUCAAGAUCAUGAGGCCCUGAGGAAAGACGCACAGUGGGAGGAGUUUGUCGAGUACCUGGGGUGAAGUAUACUACGGAAAUUCAUUGCAAAACGGCGAACCCAUGAUACAGAUGCGGCAAGAUAUACCUUCCAAACACAAGAGGCUCAUUCUCGAGAAGUGAUUGAGGUGGUAGGGCGAGAUUGGUCUUAAAAGUAACAAUCAGGGCGUUCAACUACUUUUUCCAACCGGAUAGACAUCACAAUCCUUGCAUCUAGAACGGCGCAAUAAUAUAAAACCAAACCAAACCUUAAUCUUAAAGACGAUUAUAAAAUCAAGUGAACAAAUUUUCUGACCUUCAAGUGACG